CAUGCCUAGGGGCUUGAUUGUAUACACCUGUGUCCAUGGAGGGGAUUGGAACACCUGAAUCACAUGAUAUGGAGGGGAUUGGAACACUUGAAUCACAUGAUUGGGAGGGGAUUGGAACACCUGAAUCACAUGAUAUGGAGGGGAUUGGAACACCUGAAUCACACGAUUGGGAGGGGAUUGGAACACCUGAAUCACAUGAUAUGGAGGGGAUUGGAACACCUGAAUCACAUGAUAUGGAGGGGUUUGGAACACCUGAAUCACAUGAUAUGGAGGGGAUUGGAACACCUGAAUCACAUGAUAUGGAGGGGAUUGGAACACCUGAAUCACAUGAUAUGGAGGGGAUUGGAACACCUGAAUCACAUGAUAUGGAGGGGAUUGGAACACCUGAAUCACAUGAUUGGGAGGGGAUUGGAACACCUGAAUCACAUGAUUGGGAGGGGAUUGGAACACCUGAAUCACAUGAUAUGGAGGGGAUUGGAACACCUGAAUCACAUGAUUUG